CAGGGAUAUGAUGCUGGGUGAUGACGGUCCCCAGGGUCAGCACCUGUGAGCUGGAGGUUGACGUUGUUGCAGCUGAUAUCCUCAACAGACUCGAAGUGGACGCUAACCUGGGUGCCAACCCUGGACUCGCAGCGCUGUGGGAAGAUGAGAGACAAAGAAAAAGGGACCGGGGGGAAACUUCUCAGAUCACUCCACCUCAGUCUCAGGAGAGGGACAGCAUGCAGGAAGCUGACAGUGAAGUCAGACUGAAGGAAAGAUUGGAAGAGAUUCUCCUGGAGCAGCUACCAUACUUGAGCAGUCAAAGCAGCCAGGAGUCGUUGGAGGAGAAGAUUGAAGAGGAUGCAGACUUAAGUGGACUAGAUAGCACUCCAGCCUCUGUGGUAUAUGACCAUCUCUCUCAACUUUCUGAAUCUGAAGCAUCCUCCCAGGACACUAUUACACUGGAAGACUACAAGGGACCAGAUAAAGAUGAUAGACUUGUUCCUCUAAUUGUAAACCGGGACUCUAUCAACAAAGUGAUAAUGUCCAGUCCAGGCUUUGACUCUCCCAGUAACAGUCAGCAUGAGGCACUUUGUGAUCAGUCCCUGGUGAACCUGCUGGCCACUCUGGCGGAUGGGGGCUCUCCCGAGGCCUCUCAGGUGUGUCAAGUGAGCGCUCUAGAGGACAGGGACAGCGUUCUUUCGGGUGUACCCUGCGCAAUCAAUUUGCCACCCUGCCUAGAAAAUGAGGAGGAAGAGCUGGAGAUGUCACAGAGGAUCUGGGACACACCUCCGGAUAUGACUGAGGAUGGGGAAGAGGGUGAAUCAGCCGGAGGCCAGGCGGAACAUGGAGUGGGGGAUUGUGAUGUAAAAGGUUUUGAGGAUACCUGGACAGAAUCACAGUUCCUGGAGGAAGAAAAGAUCCUUCAGUUAGAUGGACCCAUGGAUGAAAAGCCAGCUACUGACCAGCCUGUGAUGAAGAGGCUGGGUACCAGGGGCCCUGUCCUUAGUCGUCUGCUCCAGUCAAGUGACCAGAGAACCUUACCUCAGGGAUACCGCUCCUACAACAACGUACCUCAUGGGCGACAGGAGUGCACUGGUCCACCCAGAGACGGUAGCUACAAACAUACCUGGCAGCCAUCAGGACAGCACGAGCAGCAGAGUCCAGCUAGCCAGACUUUGGCUGAGGGCCAGUGGUAUAUGCCAACCCACAGGGGCCACCAGCAUGAUCAUAACCGUGAUGUACCCCAUGGAGAAUUACGGGGCUACAUGAACCUUACACAACCUUACAAUCCAGAGCAGUUCCAGCACCACGCCUACAAACGGCCAUACUGCACCAUGGCUUCUCCCAUGAGCCCUGUGGGGCUGAAGAACCAGUACCCGAACCAGGAAAGAACUUAUAACCAGCAGUUCUACUCGAACAGUCGUGCCAUUCACUCUACACCCCUUGAUUCUACACACAUUGAGCCUAUGUCAACUUCAGUGUCAUCGGUCGCCUCCAUCUCUCCUCUGUCAAACUCAACAAAUAAUCAAAGUCUGAGUACGAGAGGAUCUCAGUCGUCCCCUAUGGACACACUGUUACAGUCCCCGCAAAACUAUAGCAAUGCGGGAAAUCCACAAAUAAACUCUAUCGUGCACUCCUCACCAUCACGACAGAUGUUGUCCCCCAGCUUCCCAGUGAUGGCACAAGCACAGAUGUCUCCUGUAUGGACUAACCCAGGUUACUCAGACUCUAGGAAAAGCUUAGACUCACAAUUUCCUGUCCACAGUUCUAUGUCCAGUCAGUUAACUCACCUUGACCACUCCUCCACAAGCCAGCAGAGCGUAAAGUCACCAUUAGGUAAAUCGAACAGAAUGAUAUCCAGUUUGUUGUCUGGGCAGGUAAGCCCUAUUGAUGCACAGCCGCAGUACGAUCGCUCAGUCAGUCAGCCACUGAACACGUCUGGAGACAGUCAGGAGGACCUGUUUGCUGAUUCAAGGUUGGUCAAGUCCAGACCUCUGUCCACAAGCUCUCACUCAUCCUUCAGCAGUCGUUCCUCUAUCUCAGGAGACCCUAGCACUGAGCUGUCUGGUGGCCUGGCAUCAACGGCUUCUCAGAGAGACCCAAACCACUGGCAGCCACAAAUGCCACAUAGACAGCUGCCUUACCCCAGUUCUUCAGUCAUCAGCAGUCUGGAGAAUUUUGUGCUGAAUGUCCAAGGUGAUGGUUGUGAAUCAGUGUUUUCCUCAGCUGCUGUUAACAGGCCCCAGUGGAUGGGAUCAUCCCAUCUGUCUAGUCAGGACUACCAGACAUACUCCCCGGCUGUGAGGCAUAUAAGACAGCGCUCUGCCCCCUGCAGUCAGGACAGUGAGGCCUGGUCGCUGAGCCCCAAACAACCUCAACCCCCAUCCAAUAUGGGUGGUGUUAGCACAGCAAAAGCAGGUUUCUCUGUCAGUACAACAUUGCCUCCAUACUAUCCAGCUGCCUUGAGUAACAAGUCCCCGCCUAUAUCUGAGCGGGGUAAAGCGGGACGCAUGAAGAAACUGGGGCUGUCAUUACACAGACAUUACUCAUUACCCGCUGACUCACCAUCCAAACUCUCCUCCACCUACUCCUACUCCUUCCACGUUCCUACUCCAGUGUACAAACGCAUGAAGAUGUUGCAGAAAAAGUCGGCUGACACCAUGGCAGAUGUUUCUAUCGUCAGAAUGCACCCAAUGGAUGCCAGAAAAUAUAGCUUGCUGAAGAUAGGUCGCGAACUGGUGAAAGUCAAGCUGCUGAAGUUAACAGAUGUCCUCAGAAUCAAGGCUCAGCUAAAGUCAAAAGCCCCUCUAAACGUGAAUGUGAGGAACUCAACACCAUCAGCUACAAGUGUCACUGCGACUCAGAAAAGAAUGAGUCCAAUAAAGAAAAAGGCAGCAAAGAAAUGUAAAGUUUCUGCAAGCAAACCCAACUUGGCUAUAGGCAAAUGUUGCAAAAGAAAAUCUGAAACUGAGCUGUUGUUGGAGAUAACAGGUCCUGAUGGAUCAACCUGUAUUUCCCGAGGAAGUAAAAAGAAGUUGGUGCCACCAAAUCUAGGUGGUCACAUUGCUGAUAAGGUGAAACCAGGACAACUUAGAAACUGUACCCCAGUCGACUACCAUGGUAAUGAAGAUGCAAAGUGGCCUUCAUCCCAGGGGGAGUCCUAUCCAGUGUCCUCUUCCUGUGUGACAUCUGUUGACAAAUGUGACCCUGGGCAUGGAUCAUGCCCUCCCCACACUCCCACACAACUAAUGGAUAGCUCUGUUAACAAGACUACCUCAUUCGCCAGUAAUGAACAGAGAAAGGUGCCUGAUUCGGUGAACAAAGGACUGCACAGAGGUGUAGAUGUGUUCAGAGGUUGUCUAGACAAAAGUAGGCAAAGUUUAAUCUCUCAAAAUAAUACUGCAUGGCCUGAGCAGGUGAAAGCAACAGAUAUUGAUACAGGUAGCACAAAUCUAUCGGUAUAUAGUGCCAUAGAUAAAGAGAGAAACAACUUUAAAGCUGGUGACCAAACAAGAAUGAAGGAGGUAUUGAAUGAUUGUACAUAUCCCCCUAUGUCAGUGUAUGGGGAUAAUUUACCCCCAUCUAUGGCAAUGUACGCUGGUGUUGAGCCUAUCUCCAGUGAAGAUGAAGUCAGCAACCAGGAAAAUCUGAUCAUUCCACAGUCCAGUAGCAAACCUUUCCAACCAGUGGAUUUCUCUAGUCAUCUGUCCAUAGAGCACAAAUCAGCUCCUGUUGCUAUCGGUUACCGUGCUGUUUUUAAUGGUAACUGCCCUAAUAUCUGUGAUAAUCCAGCACAGUUUAACUCAACUGUUCCAUCUAAUGUGAAAAAGAACAACUCCCGUUACACAUGUGCAGAUCAGACUAUUAAUGGUAAUAGUAACUUCACUGAUGUUUCUGAAGAACGUGGAAUGGCUGAUCCUUCUCAGUAUUGCACAAAUGUAAGCACAAAUGAUGUGAAUAUUGGAGGUAAAAGUGAGUCAACAACAUGUGGUCAACAGUUGGAGUGUGUGAAAGCCCCAAGAGAAAUUGCUGAUCAGACAGAGAAAACUUUUACAUGUCUCAAGACAGUUGAUAGAUCACAAUAUACUGAUGUGAACAGCUCAACAUAUGGUUCAGCAGAGGAAAGCAUCAUGGUGGAUGGAACCAAGGUCAAACAAGGCAGAUGUUCAGUAGUAUCUGACCGGCUGCCUGCUAAACAGAGAAACAAGCGUAGAUUAUCAUUGAAAAAGAAAUCCAGAUGUAAGCCGAAAUACUCAUCUGACGACGUGGAGAAUGAAGAUCUAGAACAGAUGGCAGAUGGAGGCCAACAGAUGUAUUCCUGGAUAGAACGGCGGUCCAAGAGGUCCUCGGCCAACUAUGGCCGUAAUGCAUUUACAAGCUUCUUGGAAAUGGAAAACGAGGACUCAGCAAGCGAUGAGGACAUCAAAGCUUCAAGAUUUAGAUGUCGUCACAAGAGAAGGCAUAAACUGUCAGGAUUAGGACUUCCUGAGUCUGAUAUGAAAGAAGGAGUCCACUAUAUUGUUGUGGGCAAAUUCAAGGGCCACAAAAGGAUGGUUGUACACAUAGGAAAUAGUAAUAUUGAAGAUUCUUUUGUGAAUGUAGAGGAAUUUCUUCAGUCAGUAAAACAAUGUCAGAUUUGUGAAAGAGUUUAUAAUCGAAGAAGACCUGUAUCAGAUUCGCAGCAGGGAAGUUUGGAUAGGGUCUUUGAGGCCAACAAAGCCUGGGAGAGUGAAUGCUGUGAACUAAUGGCCCAGGAACGAAGGAUGGCAGGGGCAGCUUUGAAUGCUGACUCCACUCCCAACUCCACAUCUAACUCAGACAGCAAUCUGGAAAUAGAUUCUGAAAUGAAGGAUGACUCAUCUUGUGAUGCUGUUUAUGGCAAAAAUAGACAACGUUCCCGAAAAAGGGCUCUAACCAGAAAUCAGCGUCUAGGUGUUGCAUUCCUGACUAAAAAAUCAAAACGUAAGCGUGCCAGCACCCCAAACACGGGGAUUGUGAUGAACAGUCUCUCUCUGUUACACCAAGCUACAUUAGCUAAUUUAACAGAUUCUGUGACUUACACUGACAAAUGUGAUGAUCACAAAGCACAUUAUGAUGAUGUUAUGCACAAACUCGCUCUGGUAUCACCGCCUGUCUCAGACAAGGGAGAUAACUCCCCGCCUCAGCCCCUCUCACCAGGAACAGAUAAUUCAAGUAAAACAUCAACAGUAAAAGAAUAUUCUAAUGUUAAUGUGCCAAGGGGAAAUUCCCCAGAGAUUUCAAACCUCUCCAAGACUUCAAAAUCUUGCCUGUAUCUUACACAGACUUCAGUUGAUUCAUUGUAUGAAACGCCGUUGCCAAGCGUUGAGAAUCUAGGGGCAAAGGAAGCACUCAAGUCUCCCACAAGCUCACAUGCCAGCAGUUCUGACACUGAUCUUCCUCGGCUUACUAUGCCACACCUCAGUGAGGAAAGAAGUGACAAACCUAUCAGUGAACCCAAACCUGCAACAGACAUUCCAUUUAAAGCAGUGUCUGUCAUUAAAAGGGACCACCCGUUUCUCUUAAAGAAGACUAAUCUGAAAAUACCUGCUAAGUAUGCUUUGACACCGCCAAGUGUUGAAAGGAAAAAACAAACUUUCUCACCACCUGAUCUUGGUCCACCCAAUAUUCCCAGGUAUAACACAGACGAACUGAAGAUUCCUGAGGCCCAGCCCCCCUCUCUAUAUUGUAGCAAAGUGUCUCCCUAUGAGGACAGUGAAAAAUCCCUCAGUGAAAGUGAAAGUCUAGACUCCGACAAGCCAUGCUCAGAUAUGGUCGCAAGUGAAAAGGCCGAAGAAAUCUUGGCAGAAAAAUCCAAGCUGAAGAAAGAAGGUUUUGUAAAGAUGCUGGAUUUCUCUCGAAAUAUUAGAUUGUCCCAGGGAGUGGCUAGUGCCAAUGAUUUUGAGGUGACCCCUUCCAGUAAUCAUAGCUUUGCAGGAGAUGAAGAAAAUAAUUACCAUGCAGAGAAAGAUCAGUUAAAAAAUGAUGCUCACAGACAAACAAUCAUAAGAAACCACAGCAUAAAAAAAUGUGCAAAGAAACCUUGGCAACGGUUGAACAACAUGAAAAGUGAAAAUGGUGAUGCUUCUAAAACUGACCAUAGAUCUGUGCCACAACUAAGAAAACCAAUACAGUAUUUGGAGACUGGACUCUCAGCUAAAGAUCUCUUAAGGGUAACUCAGGGUCAAAGCCUAGAACCAAAUGAUGUAGGAGCCUCUGUUUGCCAGAAGCAGGCACAGUGUGGGAAGCAGGCAGGAGAAAAUGCUUCACAGAGCAGCGGAAGUUGCCCCAUUGUGACAUGCAAGGCGCCAAAUGGAAGCCAGUUCAAAGCACCAUCCUUCUUGAGCCUAGGCAACGAAGAUCAGAGCCCUGAUGGCCAGAUAGAGGGCCAUGGGUGGCCCACAAGAGUGAUACUAACCCCGGCGAUCAGACCCCCAGCAUGGCACUCUGUUGAGGGGUCUACAGCCCUGUACGAUGUCAAGGUGAGAGAGGCAUUCUGCAGUGACCCUGCGGACCUUCCUGAGAAAUCCAGGGAGGUAGGUGGACGUGUCAUGAAGCUCACAAGUAAAAUGGCUGAGGAUUUGGAGGAAUUCACCAGUCAAUUUGCGGGGACUGGGCUCCUCUCCUGGAGAACUAUUGUAGCUGAAAAUGACCCGAUCUUCUCCUCUCAGACCAUAGACUCUGCUGUUGUAAACAGACUAGAAACUGGUGCACAAUUACAUACUGCUGUUUGCGGGGACAAAGUUAAGGUUAUAUGUCCAUGCAGUCUUGCACCCAGCAGUAAGUCUGUUGUCAGAUGGAUGGAGAAAAAGCAGCAGAAGAAAGACGAAGAGAAGAAAUAUAACAAGAAGAAAAUAGAUGGUAUGAAUAAUGAACUCAAUGAUAUUCACAAAACAGAUGUGGCUGAAAGGAAUACAAAGGUGCCUAAGAUUGUGCAUACCCCUGUAAAUCCCUGUCUGUCAAAUUAUGUAGAUUUUAAUCACAGUGAUGACUGGCAUCAGAAAGAAUUGCAUGUUCCCUUAAAAGAUACAUUGGAUAAGGUAGUGAGAUCUCCUUGUCCAUCUUCUUCAGUCCCAUCCCUUCCAGAAACUGGCUUAAUGAAACAAAUAUGUAAAUUGGGCUGCCCAGGGAACCAACUGAAGCCAUCCUUAGAGUCAGGAAGUCUUAGAAUUUCAAAAUCCUCUGCGGAAUCAAAAGACCUUGUUGGUGUCCCAGAUAGAAAUAACAUCAUCCAAGCCAAGCUGAUUUGCCCGUAUGUAGAGGAUUCCCAGCCCAUCCAGAGUACACCUCUGAAGUUAACGUCAAAUACAGAGCUGUUUAACGUGACCUGCACCCCUAUCAGUGGGUCACAGAAGAAGGCUGGUGAAACAGGUAAACAGAUGAGGGGCCCGCUACACUGCCCACCCAGGAGGCGACUCUCUACCAAUACACAGACCCCGCUCAGAAGAAGUCUUCUAGCCAGUCAAGUACAGAGCCUGGCAACCCCCAGCACAAGUAAUGCAGACAUCUCCCAGAUAGACGGACCCACCCCUAAGAACACGUUCGGCUUCCGGUUCAGUCAGAACAAUGCUCCCGAUUCACAAGCUCUACAUGAGGUACAACACUUAAGUGUGUUGAGUGUGGAGCUUCAUGUGGAGACCCGUGGUGACAAGAUGCCUGAUCCUGAGGUGGACCCUAUCCUGGGAGUGUUCUACUCCAUACGGAAUGAUGUGCCACCUGGUCAGGGCCGGAGGGAAGUGAAUGGAGUGAUUCUAGUGGAUGAGGCCUCUGCUUGUGGGGCACACAGUCUAAAGAGAAAAGAGAAAGCCUCCAAGGGCUGCCCUUCAUCUCCAAAAUCAUCUCCACAGUCAUCCACAAUCAAACAGACUUCGUCUCCACAACCAUCCACUUCCGAACAGACAUCAUCUCCACAACCAUCCACUUCCGAACAGACAUCAUCUCCACAACCAUCCACUUCCGAACAGACAUCAUCUCCACAACCAUCCACAUCCAAACAGACUUCAUCCCAAAAACCAUUCACAUCCAAGCAGACAUCUCCACAACCAUCCACAUCCAAACAGACUUCAUCUCCACAACCAUCCACAUCCAAACAGACUUCAUCCCAAAAACCAUUCACAUCCAAGCAGACAUCUCCACAACCAUCCACGUCCAAAGAAACAUUAUCUCCACAACCAUCCAUGUCCAAAGAAACAUUAUCUCCACAACCAUCCACGUCCAAACCAAAACAGAUAUUCGGGGUCGGCAGCUUGCUUUUACAAAAGUCAGGAGUCAGCGGUCUAGAGAUUUCCUAUGUCACAGAUGAAUUGGCUUUAUUCCAGCACUUUCUCCGGCUCAUCAAAAGGUGGGACCCUGAUAUCCUAGUGGGCUAUGAAAUCCAGAUGUUGUCCUUGGGUUACCUGCUGACACGGGCCUCCCACCUGGGCAUUGACCUAUGUACCCAGAUUUCCCGUGUACCAGAUGCCAAAGAAAAAAGUCAUAUGUCAGCUGAGAAAGACGAGUAUGGGGCAGAUCACAUGUCAGAGAUCCACAUCACAGGAAGGAUUGUUCUUAAUCUAUGGAGGAUCAUGAGACAUGAGGUGACCUUGAAUCAGUACACGUUUGAGAAUGUGGCAUUCCAUGUGCUUCACCAUCGCCUGCCCAAAUACUCUUACCGUUCCCUAACUAGCUGGUUCAGUCAUAGGACACACCUGUACAGAUGGCGGGUUAUUGAUUACUACGUUAGCCGUGUCACAGGGAAUCACGAACUCAUGGAGCAGUUGAACUUGAUAGGUCGCACCAGUGAAUUUGCACGAGUCUUUGGUAUUGAGUUCUUCCAUGUCUUGUCCCGAGGCUCUCAGUACCGUGUGGAAUCCAUGAUGUUACGCCUGGCCAAGCCUCUCAACUUUAUCCCUUGCUCACCUAACAUUCAACAGAGAGCAAGGAUGAAGGCUCCAGAGUGUAUCCCCCUGACCCUGGAGCCAGAGUCCCGCUUUUACACGCACCCUGUGGUCGUCUUGGACUUCCAGUCUCUCUACCCCUCAAUCAUGAUUGCCUACAAUUACUGCUUCUCCACUUGCCUAGGACGACUGGAAAACCUUGCCAAGACGCAAGAUGGGCCUAUAGAGUUUGGAUGCACUUCCCUAUCUGUUAGUCCGGCUCUCCUUAGAAAGCUGAAGGAUGAUGUGACAAUUUCCCCAAAUGGUGUUGUCUUUGCCAAAGAGCAUAUCAGAAAAGGAAUCAUUUCCAGCAUGGUGGAAGAGAUCCUGAACACCAGAAUCAUGGUCAAGAAGGAAAUGAAAAAUUAUAAAACUGACAAGGGUCUGUCUCGAUUGCUGGAUGCCCGUCAGCUGGGCCUGAAGCUGAUAGCUAAUGUGACCUAUGGUUAUACAGGAGCCAACUUCUCGGGAAGGAUGCCUUGUGUUGAGGUUGGUGACAGUAUUGUGAGGAAGGCUCGAGAGACCCUGGAGAGAGCUAUAGAGCUGGUGGAGAACACCCCAGAGUGGAGAGCCAGAGUUGUGUAUGGGGACACUGACAGUAUGUUCAUAGAGCUGCAUGGGAGGAGUAAAGAUGAAGCCUUCAGGAUUGGCCAAGAGAUUGCCAACACUGUUACAGCCAGUAACCCUAAACCAAUCAAGCUCAAGUUUGAAAAGGUGUACCAGCCCUGUGUGCUUCAAACCAAAAAGCGGUACUUUGGUUACAUGUAUGAAACCCCAGAUCAGAAAGAGCCUGUAUUUGAUGCUAAAGGAGUGGAGACAGUGAGAAGAGACAACUGUCCUGCUGUGUCCAAGAUUCUGGAGAAAUGUAUAAAGGUCCUGUUUGCUUCACGGGAUGUCUCUCUCAUCAAGCAAUACGUUCUUAAGCAGUGUGUCAAGUUACUUCAGGGACGAGUCAGCCUUCAGGACUGUAUCUUUGCCAAAGAGUAUCGAGGAAUGUCUGGCUACAAACCUGGUGCCUGUGUCCCUGCUCUGGAAAUUGCCAAGAAACGUAUCCGGGCAGAUCAUAGAUCAGAGCCACGUGUGGGUGAGCGUGUGCCGUACGUAAUUGUGUACGGGAGUCCUGGACUGCCUCUUAUCCAGCUGGUGAGACAGCCCAUGGAACUGCUACAAGACAGCUCACUGAGGCUAAACACCACAUACUAUAUCACCAAACAGAUUCUCCCACCAUUAGACAGGUUCUUGUCUCUUCUUGGAGUUAAUGUCUUCACGUGGUAUCAAGAGAUGCCGAGGAUUGUCAAGGUAAUCCCAGCUAGCUCUGGAUCAGGAGAGAACAAAAAGGGAACUAUAUCGCAGUACUUCUCUGUAACAAACUGCCCUGUUUGUGACGAGCAAACCAAGGAGCCCUUAUGUCCCCAAUGUCGACGCGACCCACAGACCGUGACCGUGACCCUCAGUGCUAGGAUGAGGCAGUGGGAGAGAACCCAGCACCACCUCAAACAGGUUUGCAGUAGCUGUAUGGGUGUGGGAGAAGAGGAGGUGAGCUGUGUGUGCCUGGACUGUCCCAUGUUGUACAGACUGAGGCGGGCUAAGCAAGACCUGAGCAGAUCCACACAACUGCGAGAAUUACUGAGGGAUGCUUUUUGAGCAUGAAAAACACAGCCCUGUUUGGACAAAACCCAUCGUGAUAUUGCACAAACAUUGUAUCAGUAGAUAUAGUUAUAAGUUGCACCAUUCCGACCACUUGA